UUUGGGUCAAGUUGUUUGAAUCUUUGAUUUGCUUACGACAUAAAUUCUUAUAACUCAAAAAGUAUUCAAUUUCCAACUUUACUAAAAAAGUUGAUCCUUAAAAAACAUGGAUACUAAAUAUACUAGUUGUAGUUAAUAAAAACGUAUUAUGUCGGCUCGAAAUUACAUUACAUCCGCUCGUGAUAGAAAUAUUAGUAAACUUAUUGAUUAUUUGCCGCAAAUUAAUCAGCAGAAGUGUGGGUAUCGUCCCGGGCAAGAGCUACCGGCACUUUCGGCAAAUGCUGGUUGUUUAAUGAACAGAAAUCUACUAUUCUCCUACAAUAUACCAUCGUACACUGCAGAUAGUCUAGAAAGGGCGAGCACUCCAUUCUCAGACUUUUUCUCUGGAAGUGAAACUGGUACCCCAGACUUUAAUAGUGAAGAAAGUGACAGCAGUGCUGGGUCGACGUUUUUGAGGAACACAGCAGAGGCUUCAAAAAGCUUAGCUACAGAGUGGGAGAGGAUUGAAAGAACUUUGUAUGAUGAAGACGGGGAAAAGUGUACUCGGCCCCAGAUACUUGAGGAAUGCAGGCAGUGGAGACAACUGCACCCGCAGCUUAGGGUUAUUGGCAAAGCUGUACCAAUACCUGAAAAGAGACUAUCCUAUCGUCAGAUAGAACAUGAAGAGGUUAUUGCAAUGCAUUACAGUAAUUAUGAACAAUUCAGUGAAAGUGAGGACAGAUUAUCCCAAAGCAGUACUGAUGUGACUCCACAGAACUCCCCAAGAAUCUCACUUACAAGCGAUAUUCAUGAACCAAAGUUAUCUCGUGAGAAAGUGUCUUUCAAACUUCACGAAGAAAUGGAUUUACCAGAUACAUUUUGUUCUUUACUACAUAUUACUCCAAUACAAAUCCGAAGCCCAAUAUAUAGGAAGAAGACAAGUCAGUCUAUAGUCAGAUCAGAUUUAGCAUCAUCAAAAUGGAUGAGGAAAAGGCCAGAAUCCUCAAUUUACGAGAGAAAUAGUGCAAAGUCAUUUGUUUCAUUAGAUACUAGAAAUUAUUUGGGAGUAGAUAAUAGUAAAAUUUUGAAUGCAAGAGUUCUAACAGCCAGGCAUAGAGACAUGGCGAGACUUGAGCCUUUAUAUACACCUGAGUCCCAAAAUGAAGUUAGUAAGCUGGGUAAUGGUAUGCAACAUUAUCAUAUAAGGAAAGUAUCUCUGCCUCCUUUGCUCUUGGAAGAGGAAAAAAGAAAAGUGACUGUUGGUUCUGCUAGGAAGUUUAAUAAAUCUAGGAAACCCACAUCAAAAAUUUAUUCUGAAAAAGCAAAACACUGAUAUUGUGAAAAUUGCCUCUUUUGGUUAAACUUUUUCAAAUGUUAUUAGCAAGAUUUUUAAGUUAAGCUGUUGUUCAUGGUAAGUUUUUCUUAUAAAUAUUAUACAGGGUGAGCAAAUAGAGUCAAGAAUAGGAAAAUUUCUUUAUUGAUGUCCAUGACUUCAACAUUCAAUCCAGCAAUAUUUUUGCCCUCAUUGACUCAUUAUAAUUCUCUUGAAAAAUUUGAUUUAACAUAGCAGUUCUAGUUAGCUAAUUUAUAGGUAGGUCAUGUUAUUUUGGAAAAAGUUUAUAUUAUUUAUAAAUCUAUUGGUAUGUGCUAAUCAAAUCAAAUUAUUUGUUGGUAAUUGAGUUAUUAUUUUUGUAUGAUUUGAUGUGAGGAAUAAAAAUGCAUUUGUUGUUUGAAAACAAUUUCUCUCAUUAUUUUAAUUU